AGGGAGUAUGAGGCUCUGGACCUUGGGCACCAGUAUUUUCCUAAGGCUUUGGGGGACUUACGUGUUUCCAGGAAGCUCUGGCUGGCUGGAUGUCGUCCAGCAUUUGGGAGUUUGUGGCUUCGUGGCUUUCCUUUCGGUGAGCCUCCUCUCUGCAGCCUUCUGCUGGGUCCUGCCGUCCGUUGCCCUGCUCUCUGUGGUCUGGAUGACCACCUGCGUUUUUCUGUGCUGUUCCAAGCAAGCCCGGUGCUUCAUUCUUCUGGCGGUUCUCUCGUGUGGCCUCCGCGAAGGCAGGAACGCUUUGAUUGCGGCUGGCACUGGGGUAGUGAUCUUUGGACAUGUGGAAAAUAUUUUUUAUAACUUCAGAGGUCUCCUAGACAGCAUGACUUGCAACCUAAGGGCAAAGAGCUUUUCAAUACAUUUCCCACUUUUAAAACGAUAUACUGAAGCCAUUCAGUGGAUUUACGGCUUCGCCAAUCCGCUGAAUGUAUUUGAUGACUUUGUUUCUUGGAACCAGACUCUGGCCGUCUCUCUUUUUAGUCCCAGCCAUGCCCUGGAGGCUCAUAUGAAUGACACUAGAGGAGAAGUCCUGGGCGUCCUGCACCGUAUGGUGGUCACGACAGAGCUGCUGACUUCUGUGGGCCAGAAGCUGCUUGCCCUCGCCGGCCUUCUGCUCAUCCUAGUCAGCACUGGCCUCUUCCUGAAGCGAUUCCUGGGCCCUUGUGGCUUGAAAUAUGAGAAUGUCUACAUUACCAGACAAUUUGUUCGGUUUGAUGAAAAGGAGAGGCGUGAACAGCGGCCUUGUGUCCUCCCGCUGAAUAAGAAGGAAAGGAAGAAAUAUGUCACCAUCCCAUCUUUGCAGCUGACUCCUAAAGAGAGGAAAAACCUUGGGCUGUUUUUUCUUCCUAUCCUGACCUAUCUCUACAUGUGGGCGCUGUUCGCAGCUGUGGAUUAUCUGCUGUAUAGGCUCAUUUCCUCCGUGAACGAACAGUUCCAAAGCUUGCCAGGGCUGGAAGUUCACUUGAAACUACAUGGAGAGAAGCAAGGAACUCAAGGAGUCAUCCAUGAUUCUGCCUUUAAUAUAUCUAUGUUUGAACCAAGCUGCAUUUUUAAACCAAGUCUUAGUGUGACUGAGACUUGGGUUCCUCUCAGUAUUAUUCUCAUAACACUAAUAAUACUAGGAUUGUUGUCUUCUAUGCUGAUGCAGCUUAAAAUUUUAGUGUCAGUCUCCUUCUACCCCAAAGUGGAGAAGGAGCGAAUUGAGUACCUCCAUGCGAAGCUCCUUGAGAAACGAUCAAAGCAGCCACUGGGAGAAGCUGACAGGAAACUGAACCUGUACUUUAAAAAGAUUCACUUCUGGCUUCCAGUCCUGAAAAUGAUUAGGAAGAAGCCUGUGAUCCCUGCAAAUGAAGAUGGCCCAUGAGCAACACGGUCCCUCCUCCUGGGUCAGCUGCUGCUUCUCACCAUCUCCUCAACAAGAGAGGGCUAUCGGAGAAGGCCUACAGAUGUUUGAGUUUGCAAGACCCGCCCCCCUUCUCUCUGGUUAUUCUUCAAGCUACUUGUCAAUCAUAAUGCCAAAUAGCCCCUAGGUAAAUGGUUUCUUAGUGUGUCUUCCAAACAAAACACAGUGUCUAGACUGUCAUCUACGGCGAUGGUUGGCAUGAAAAUGUCCUCCAGAGGCUUAGAUGUUUGAAAACUUGGUCCCCUGUUAGUGCUGUUUGGGGGAGGUUUAUAAGGUGUUGUUUUGUAGGACAAAGUGUGUCCCUAGAGGAGUGUUUUGCAGGUUUAAAAGCCAUGUGCUAAUUCCUGUUCGCUCUACUUCCUGCCUGGUCUGUGGCUGGAGAUGUGGGCUCUCAGCUGUCCCUGGCUCCGUGUCUGUCUGCCAGCAUAGUUCCCCACUGUGAUGCUGAUGGAGUCUUACCUCUCUGGAACCUUAAGCUCAA